ACUUUUGAUUACAGUUGCCUGAUCAAUCCAGAUAAGAUAGAGAUUCACGACGGUGACAGUAUAAAAAGUCCUAUGAUUGGACAGCUAUGUAACACCAACACCUUUGUGGAGUUUGUUUCAACAGGUCCUAAUCUAAGCAUCCUCUUUCGCAGUCGCAGCCAUUUUCCUUCGCAGGGAUUCAAAGCCACUUUCAUGUUCCAAGACGAGUCUGAGUUUGGAGGAAACCUUGACGGACCAUCUAUAGUUCCGCCUUGUCAGCAGUGGAUUAAAAGCGACACUUCGAAGAAUGACUCUUUCACAACCCCAGGCUACCCAAAGCCUUACCCUGCCAACUUUCACUGUGUUUACCACUUCACCGCCAGAGGGAGAGAAAGAAUACAGAUUCUUUUUUCUGACUUCAAUCUUUAUAUUCCUAGUGAGGACAUUAAAGACUGUGCAGGUCCAGUUGAUGCAGUCAUGGUAUUUAUUACUAUCAAUGGGCAAAAAGAAAGGUUGAACAACUUCUGUGGUAAUGUUCUCCCCCCUCAACUGAUGUCGAACGGACCAUCAAUGUCAGUGGAAUUCAAGAGUUAUCAGACUCCGUCAAAUCUAAGGGGUUUUCGUGCUAUUUACCGAUUUGUCACCAACUUUGGAAUCACUGCAGGAGAACAAGAUCCUCAACAAGUGUGUGGAUUCAUCUUUAACAGCACUAAGAGAACAAAUGGUACAUUCACUUCUCCAAACUACCCUGGUCUUUAUCCUCGAGCUACUGAAUGUCAUUACUUUUUCUAUGGUCGAAAGAGCGAACGCCUCACUUUGAUGUUUGCUUAUUUCGAUGUAGAGGGCGUAUCACCGUGUACGACUGACUUGGCCAGCGACUUCGUCGAAUUUUCCAACUUUCGUACUGUGGAUAGAAAAAUUCCUAGAUAUUGUGGAGGGAAGAAACCUAAAAUCAUCGAAUCAGAUGGAGACUUUUUUCGCGUCGCGUUUAAGUCCAACAGCAAAUUUGAUGGAACAGGGUUUGAAGCUUUCUAUCAAUUUAGAAACUAUGUAGAUCCCCUUACUGUCAAGAGAAUUUCAGGUAUAGAAAGAUUAGCCCCUUGGAAAAUAGAUAUGAUUCCGGUAUUGAUGAUGUUUGCUCUUAUUUUGAUAGUCCCAUGAACUUUAGAGAAAAUAACGAACAAAGAUUAUAUAUAUGCAUAUGUGUCGAAGACUCAAGAAAGAUAAUCGUGAAUUUUACAAUGUGCUCUAACUCCAAGACUCAGACUUAUUAAAAUAGUAACCUUCAGAAGAUGUUGGCAGAUUCUCCAAAACAAUCUUGCAGUUGGUUUGUGCUCUCAAAAACAAAGAAACAAAAAACACCAAUGACUUUGAUGCUCAAGAUGCUAUUUACAUUUAAACGUGGCUCCAAAUAUUAGAUAGAGUAUAAUAUGUGAUUACAUUUAUUUUAUCUGUUUUGUAUUAGGACAUGAAUCGGGAAAUGCCCUGUACUUAUACAAACUGCAGUUUAUUGAAAUAGGCAUUAUAGGCCUUAAAUUAUAGUUCGGUCAAUAAGAAACUAAAGGAAUAACAAGCUAACACUUAACGUUGCUUAUAUUUAAACCGUCGAAAACAUUUCUAGCAAACAAAGGAUUUAUUAGUACCACUGUAUUAUGUUUUGGAAACAUGGCUUCUAUGCUGGAAAGAUGAAGGAAAUCCGAAAAAACAUUCAAAAAUGAAAAACUAGUAAAAAAAGACGUUAAAGAACACCAAAAAAAACGUAUUUCGAGAAUGAAAUGCCAAAGACGUUAUGUGUGUAUCAUAAAGAUGAUAAAAAAGUUGUCAAUUUUAGCGACAUACGUUUAAAGACUGAGGAGGAAAAAAAGAUUAAUUUUUUUUUGUAAAUUGCAUAAGGUUUUUUGAAAUCAAUAUGUACGACUUCUGGUGUGAAUUAAACCGGUGUGUUUCUUCUUA